AAUGAAUUCCAUUAUACUCUAUUUUGACCAAAUGAUCAACACUUGUACAUAGUGCCAUUUACUUUGUGUUCUUCACUCUCGCGCUGUGUUGUGAUCGUUCGAAACUCAUUGCCAGAACGAAUGCAAAUUUCAUUUGGGAAGGAUCGGUGCCGGAAGAUGCAGUGAAAAUUAUAAAAUGUUUAUAGAAAAGUGGUUAAGUAAAUCGUGAAAGAUGUAAACGCAGGCGUAACUGCAGUUUGUUUUGUUACAUGAUCUACAGGUAAGUGCAUGCAUAAGAAGAAGAAUAUUUCAAAUGAUGUUUGUGUUUUAACAAUCGUAUUGCUUUUAAUGUUUGUUUAUUCUUCUAUUAUUUGCCAUCACACCUAGCUAUUUCAUUACCAAAGCACCUGAUAACCGAUCAAAGAAGGUGAAUCGGGCUUACAGAGUCGCCGUUUAACUUCAAAUAUCUUCGUGAUCGGAAAACGCAUCAAACAACAAGUGUUUUUCUUCCAACAGCACGCGCCAUCGGUGGAGCAAGCAGCUAACGAUUUGAUCGCCAGUACGCGCCAUCAAGAAUUGAUAUUUUGCCAAACAGUACUGUGAAUAUAAAACUGCACACUUACUGUCGGAAUUUCCUGGAAUUUUUUGAUCGGUCUACGCUCGCGGGAAUGGUGGGUUCGUUGAGGAGAAGGAAAGAAAGGGUGGGAGCGAGGAUUAACCAAAAACGCGGCAUUGAGAAUGAGGGGAGGUGCGCUCAGCGCUCACGCUGGGACACUCACGAUGCUUGAAAUAAAAUGUUAACAAGCAUCGAUUUCAAGCAUGCAUGUCGCGCGACAUUUUGCCAAGCGGGGUAGUUCUCAACAUGAUUAAUGUUGUGGGCAGCCGUGCGUGCCGACCCCUGGACUUGCCGUGGCAGUUGCGCUGCCACCGGUCAACGUCCAGGGGGACGACAGUGUGUACACGCACACUGUCGCACACACUAAGCGCGCAAGGCUUAGUGUGUGCCGAGCGCCGAGCAGAGUGUGCACGAAGGCCGAUCGAGCAGGAGCUCUCGGCAGGGGCGCUCGGUGCGGCUGGCGCGCGGCCUACGUUGUAAAGUGUUGUACGUUUUAACGUGUUUGUAUUUCGUGUAUAUUAUUUAUAAAUGUAAAGUUUUAAGUGAAUAAAUAAGGUGCAAAUAGUCCAGUUCACAACAGUGGCGACGAGGAUGGGAUCCUCCUGCGUAAGGGGGAUCCCAGUACGAACCCGCGGACGCCAUCGCGAUUGGGCACGUCUUUCGCUGCAUCAUCGCAGCAGCCAUCGCGAUGGCAAAGCUCCGGGAAUCCCGUGGAAGGAUUGGGCCGCCGCCACCGCCAAGACCGAGGCCCCCGGCUGCCGUCCCAUCAAGGGGACCGUAGGGGCAGCGCUGCACACUCUCGGCGACGUGUGAAGGUCGCCGGGCUGCAGUCCAAGCAGCGCCGGCAGCGUCAUCGGCGAGGAAGCUUUCAGCCUUGCUGCCGGGCUAUGGGCGAGAGCGUCAUCCGCCAGGCUGCAGCCCCAGCUUCAGCGGGCGAGGUUCAUUGCCGCCCUGAGGUAACAACAGCAGUCAUGCCACUGUGUCCUAAGAGGGCGAGGGAUCUAAGCCGCCCUGGAUGCAGUGUGGAAAAGGGACGAGGACUCAUGCCGUCCCGGGUGCUGCUCUGUAUUAUGGGGGCGAGGUUGUCAUGCCGCCCCGGAGACAGCCACAGUGUCUAAAAGAGGGCGAAGGUGUCAUGCCGCCCUGGAUCCAGCACCACGAGCAACAGCAACGCGCAAAGGAAGGGCGAAGGAUCAAGCCGCCCUGGCUGCAUCGUGACCAAGAGGGCGAGGGUGUCAUGCCGCCCUGGUUGCAGCAUCAUUAGCACCUGCAUCAGCACCAGCAGCAACGGGCAGCAGGAACGUGUGAAGGAAGGGCGAGGGUCCAUGCCGCCCAGCAUCAACAACAGCAGUCCUGGAUGCAGCAUCGCAGGUUGGAAUGGGGGCGAGGUGGUCAUGCCGCCCCGGCUACAGCUUUGUUCGUGAGAAGGGCGAGAGUCUAUGCCGCCCGUGGUUCAUCUUCAGCACCGCCGCUACAAGAUCGUCAUCGCCGACCUGGAGCAAAGGGACGAUAGCGGGGCAGAGAAAGGCGCAGGUACACGCAGCAUCACCGCCGCCGCAAGUAAUCGUAGCCGAUGAUGAUCGAGCGCGAUUAAAGGUGAUGGCGGGGCGGAAAAGGGGUGCCGGUAGCCGUAGGGCAAGCAGAAGCGUCCGCGCCACAGCAUCCACCGAAUACACCAGCAACGGCCGGGGGGUGUCACCACACCGGUAUUCCCUGAGUGGAAUAUCCCGUGUCGGUUCGACCCCUCCGGAUAAAUAAAGGGGGAGAUGUUGUGGGCAGCCGUGCGUGCCGACCCCUGGACUUGCCGUGGCAGUUGCGCUGCCACCGGUCAACGUCCAGGGGGACGACAGUGUGUACACGCACACUGUCGCACACACUAAGCGCGCAAGGCUUAGUGUGUGCCGAGCGCCGAGCAGAGUGUGCACGAAGGCCGAUCGAGCAGGAGCUCUCGGCAGGGGCGCUCGGUGCGGCUGGCGCGCGGCCUGCGUUUUAAAGUGUUGUACGUUUCAUCAAUAUUUAUUAUGUAUGUUUUAAUAUGUGUGAAUAAAGUAAUAAGUGUUUAAGUAAAGUGCAAGGAACACAGUUCAUAACAAUUAAUACAUUCCCUCUCAAUUUCAGAGACAUAGAGGAAGGGACACGGACAGAUUCCCUACUAUGGAAGGUUCACAAAUACAUCCAAGAAGGCUGGCCGUCUGACUCGUCAUAUGGAAUGGAGUUAUCACGCUUCCAUAAUAGAAAGGAUGACCUGUCGACCGUAGGUGAUUGUGUUCUUUUUAGAGAGAGAGUAGUAAUCCCCAGAAAACUACGCAUGCGGUGCUUGAAUCAACUUCAUAGAGGGCAUCCAGGGAUUCAACGCAUGAAGUCCGUCGCUCGCAGCUAUUUAUACUGGCCAUCUAUUGAUGAGGAUAUAGCCACUGCGUUUCCAGCUGUACAGCAUGCAUGGCAGUCGCAAAAUCACCACCUUUACUAGAACCAAAGUUUUGGCCAAAGACCACCAAACCGUGGGAAAGAGUGCAUAUAGACUAUGCAGGACCAGUUGAUGGAGCUUACUUUUUGAUCGUGGUUGACGCAUUCUCAAAGUGGCCUGAAGUUAUGAAGACAAUCACCACAACCACUACAGCUACCAUUUCGAUGCUGCGAAGCAUCUUUGCACGUUUUGGCAUGCCUGAAAAACUAGUCAGCGAUAACGGAGCCCAAUUUACAAGCGACGCGUUUAAAGAUUACUGCAAGCAAAGUGGCAUUGAACAUAUUAAAACACCGCCGUUUUACCCACAGUCUAAUGGGCAAGCAGAGCGCUUUGUGGAUACUAUGAAAAGAGCCCUGAAGAAAAUCCAAUCAGAGGAUAUAUCCACUGAAACGGCACUCGACACCUUCCUGCAAACAUAUCGCUCAACUCCGCACCCUGCACUUAACCAACGCACGCCAGCUGAAGUGUUAUUUAAUCGAAACAUUAGAAUUCCCUUAGAUCUGAUACACCCAACUACAACAACACAUUCCGAAGUCGACCAACGAGAUGAUCAGCAACCGCCAGCAGCUAGACAGUUUCAACCUGGAGAUGCUGUCUAUAUGAAACAUUAUUCGCGCAAUGCUUGGCAGUGGAUUCCCGGAAUGGUAUCGAAACGGAUCGGAAGCGUAAUGUACGAGAUUAUCACCGAUGGAAAUCGCCCUCAUCGUCGACAUACCAAUCAAAUGCGCGCACGUACAUCGAGUGGCCGAGAACAUCUUGCCGGCGACUCAACUAAGCAUCAGCUGCCGCUUGAUAUUCUUACGGAAGUGGCACCGACACCGUGGGCACCGACACCAAAGGCACCGAUACCCGUGGAACGGAACAACGUUCCGUCCAGCACAUCACAACGUUUUUCUUCCGAUAGGUCCCCAACGCAGCAGAUUGUACAACCUCUACCAUCUGCAUCCAAGACCAGCAUCAGACAGCCGAUACAACCGCCACGCCGAUCUUCUAGGCUUAGAAGACCUCCGCGUAGGCUCGAUGGAUAUCGGCUAUACUAAAAAGGGGGAGAUGUUGUGACCCGACCUGCCGAACUUGCGAUCGCCGUUAUUGCAGUCACUCACCGCUGACAGUCCUGCCAGCGUGUUGAUGUGUUAGUGAGAGCGGUUCGGCAGGAUAGGGCAAUGAUCGCUCGCCAGGUCAACGAACGGGAGCGAUGGUGCCGAACACGUUGGUUGUAACGCGGCACUUACAAGAACGUCCUCGGUGCAAGCAGUCAGAUUUUUAAUAAUACAUUUAUGUUAAUUUAUAAAGUUUUAAUACGUGUGCAGUUAAUGUAGAUAGUAACACCAAUAUUAAAUAUCACAAACCCCGUUACAACACUAAAACUAGGAACUCUUUCGAUGCCGAAGUGAUACGGUAGUAAACGUAAAGCCCAU